AUGAAAAUCGCCGAGCUGCUCAAUGGGCCCGCGCCGCGGCGCCACGCCGACAAGCGGAUGGACAUGGCGUCGCUCGACCUCUUCACCCAAAAACGCAAGCACCGAGCGGAGCUCUCCAUGAGUCGGAUCAUCCAGGAACUGGCAACAAGAAGAACGAGUCUAAAGGUCGAGUCGGAGCCCGUAGCGGCUGAAGUGGCGGCGACUAAUUCCAAGCUAACGACAGUCAAAGCUAAAGCUAAAAGGAAGGUGAAAGCCAAGAAAUCGGAGGAGAAUGACGCCAGCCCCAGUGCUUCAGAGGAGAGCAAGCCUGCGAGACGGAGAAGGGCUCGCAACGGCUUCGCGCCGCUCACCGAGUCGGAGAAGCGCGUCAAGCAGCGGAUGCUGGUCAAGCGCUCGUACUACCGCAAGAUCGACACUCUGGUGGAGCUUCGCAACGAGAUGGAGGAGCUGGAGACCAAGUGCAAAGAGGUCAUCAUCUCUCGGCAGCAGAUCCAGUCGCCCACGUCUCCAGACGCGCAGCUUGACAAAGAGGAGCGACGCUAUGAAGAGCUUAGGGAGAGGUACACGCAGCUGGCCAUCACGCAGGACGACCUGCGCCACGAGAACGAGAAGCUGCGCGCCGAGGCCAUGGAGCAGUCGAAGGCGCGCACGCGCAUCGGAAUCUUGCUCAACGAGGAGCUGCUCGACCAGAAAGACGCGCGCGCGAAGGGCGAGGUGCUCGGCUUGUCCCCUUGGUCUUCGGGCGAGAAUAAGGCGAUGAAUCGGGCGGAUAGCGAGGCGAACGCUGGUCAGGACGUCAAGCCCAAGGCUGUGCUGGACUUUGUGCCCAUUACAGAGGACGAGUGCAUCACCAUUGUGCGCGAGGCGUACACCGACGUGAGGGCGUUCGCCGACAGUCAGCACUACGAGAGCACAGGCGCCAGUGUGUUUGGCUGGCGGGACAGGAGGCAAGUGGACGGCGACACGAUGCGCUUCUUCCUGGAGAAGACGUUCGAGAACUACACGGCGGCGGAGAUCUCGAGCCGCAUGUGGGACCUGGUGUCCUCCGAGCAGGGCGUGAACCGCAUC